AUGUUUAUUAUACGAUUAAUUUUUGUUAUUUUGUUAACUCUAAGUCUAACAAAUGCGUUGGCUUCUCUUCCUUCAUCAUCAAUUACCACCACUAACACUGAAAAAGAAGACUUACCCUAUCUUAAUGACGAUCUAGAGGGACAAAAUCAUGGAGAAGAUGACGAAAAAAAUCAUGGAUCUUGUCUUUCUGACACCUUUGGCAGUUGUAUUGCACAAAAUGCUGAAAAUGAAUCAAUCGAUUCAUUACCAUCAUCUGAUGAACCAAGCAGCAGUGAUCAUGAUGAUGAAAAUGUUAAAGAUCAACAAGGCGGUCGUGGAGAUAUAGAAGUUGUAAUCGCAUAUUUAGAUGUAUUAGAGAAUGUAGAAAUAGAGUAUAAAAGUUAUAUCAAUGUUGGUCAUGUAAUGGUUAUGCCAGCCAUUGCAGUAACACCAACUUCUGUUUCACCCAACAUUUUUCAGUUUGUUGAUUAUUAUUCAUCCUCUUGUCUUGAAGAGGUGGAAGAACAACAAAAAUACAACAAGCGAGGUGAAGAAAAUGCUACAAAUGAAUCGAUUGGCGAAGACUAUAAUAGUGAUGAUCUUGAUAGUGAAAUUAUCGAAAGUCAGCAAAUUAGUAGGCGUCUUCGUAUCGGUGUUGGUUUUCGAGGUAGAAGUAGCAGAUGUAAUGUUUGUGCACGAUAUUGUGUAAGAAGAUAUAGAUCUUGUAAUCGAAUCAUUAUUUGUAUUAGUAGGCUUUGCGGAAGAGGUGAAAUAUAA